GCUCUUUUCCCUUGUUAAAAGUCAUCUAUCACUGUAUAUCUUUUUGGCAUUGUCCUAUUAUACCCAUUAUCUUGACCCCCACAUACAUUUAUAUUACCUACCACUCAGGAGACGCUCGACGCCCAUCCCCUGAGCCCUGUGAUAUACGAUUGAAGGAUUAUUGCGGGAAAAAAAAAAAACAUUUUCAUCUCACCUUAUCGAACCGGAGUAUUCUAUAAAUUUGCAUCAUGAAGGCCUCACCCCUGGCCGCUGCCGGCGUAGCCCUGGCUUCUACUGCCCAGGCACAAGUCGUCCAGUUCGACAUCCAGAAGCGAGACGGGCCGAACCUGAGAGAUCUAGGCCGCCGGGCUGCAACCAUCAACGGCGUUCUUUCAAACCAGCAGAUCCAGGGCGGAUACUUCCUCAACGUCGAGGUUGGAACACCCCCUCAGAACAUUACCCUUCAGCUGGACACAGGCAGUAGUGAUGUCUGGGUACCUUCUUCAAGCGCCGACAUCUGUACCCAGGUCUCUCAGAGGAAUCCUGGCUGCACCUUUGGAAGCUUUGACUCUGAUAAGUCCACUAGCUUGAGAACUGUUGGAAAGGACGAAUUCGAUAUUACCUAUGUCGACAACUCAUUUUCCAAGGGCGACUACAUCCAAGACGACUUCCACAUCGGUGGCGUGACUGUCUCCAAUCUAACCAUGGGCCUUGGCCUGGACUCAUCCAUCGCCAAUGGCCUCAUCGGAGUCGGCUAUAUCAACGACGAGGCUUCUCUCAGCACAAUACGAUCCACCUACCCGAACCUUCCGGUUGUCUUACAACAGGAGAAGCUAAUCAACACCGUCGCCUACAGUCUGUGGCUAAACGACCUUGAUGCCAGCGCGGGCUCCAUCCUAUUUGGCGGUAUCGACACGGAAAAGUACCAGGGCGAUCUCACAAAAAUCAACAUUCAACGUGCUGACAACAGCAAUGUCUUCACCGAGUUUGCGGUCGAGCUCUUUGAGGUGCAAGCCACAAGCCCUUCUGGAACCGAUACGCUCAGCACGAGUGUGGACUCUCUGGUCGCCGUUCUGGACUCGGGAACGACUCUGACCUAUCUGCCGCAGGACAUGGCCGAGCAGGCAUGGAAGGAAGUGGGCGCCAGCUUCAACGAGGAAUUCGGCUUGGCUGUUGUCCCCUGCUCAAUCCGAAAUGUCAAUGGACACUUCUCUUUCACUUUUGCUGGUGCCGACGGCCCCAAGAUCAACGUCACCAUGGCCGAGCUUGCCCUCGACCUCUUUAGCGGCGGCCCUCAGCCCAAGUUUUCCUCGGGACCCAACCAGGGUCAGUCUGUUUGCGAAUUUGGCAUCCAGAACACGACUGGCUCCCCUUUCUUGCUGGGCGAUACUUUCCUCCGCUCUGCGUUUGUUGUCUACGACCUGGUCAACAACGAGAUUGCCAUUGCUCCGACAAACUUCAACUCCACAAAGACCAACGUUGUUGCUUUCGCCAGCAGUGGCGCUCCUAUCCCGUCCGCCACCAGCGCCCCCAACCAGAGCAAAUCUGGCCCCUCCUCAGGAACGGGCGGCAUGUCUGCUGCUAGUGGCUUCCAGGAUAGCGACAACGCUGCGCCUUAUACGAGCGCCUUUUCCGGCCCUGGAGCAAUUAUCGUCGGCAUGACCAUCGGCUACACUCUCCUUGGAGGCGCUAUUUUCGGCGCUGGCUGGCUGUAAAUCUACAUACCUAGCCAUACAAUCUCUUCGACACGCUCUACCCACCUAGUAGUGCUUUUAAUGACUUUUUGACAUGAUUCAGGGCGUAAUUGGCAUAAUAGGGAUUUUUCAUUUUUCAUUUUUUUCAAUACUAGCAAGCACCGCUGGAGUUGAGGAGGCCGGCUUCUCGAUCAUUCGCUACAAAAAAACGAGCGUUCAUAUACCUGAGGUACAUAAGUGCACAUAGACCUGCAGCUUAGACUAAACAUGUCUUAUAAAAAUCAAAAUCAUUAUUAUUAUCCUUCUACAAC